AUGGCGGUCUGAGCCUCCUUUGAGAACAACUGCGAGAUCGGCUGCUUCGCCAAGCUCACCAACACCUAUUGCUUGGUGGCCAUCGGCGGCUCAGAGAACUUCUACAGUGUGUUUGAGGGCGAGCUUUCAGAGACCAUUCCAGUGGUACACGCUUCCAUCGCCGGCUGCAGGAUCAUUGGGCGCAUGUGUGUGGGAAACCGACAUGGCCUUCUGGUGCCCAGCAAUACUACAGACCAGGAGCUGCAGCACAUCCGCAACAGUCUCCCAGACUCAGUACAGAUCGGUCAGGUGGAGGAACGACUCUCAGCACUGGGCAAUGUUACCACCUGUAAUGACUAUGUAGCUCUUGUUCACCCCGACCUGGACAGGGAGACAGAAGAAAUUCUAGCUGAUGUACUCAAGGUUGAAGUCUUCAGACAGACAGUGGCUGACCAGGUGCUGGUAGGAAGCUACUGUGUUUUCAGCAAUCAGGGAGGGCUAGCGCACCCAAAGACUUCCACUGAGGAUCAAGAUGAAUUGUCCUCUCUUCUCCAGGUUCCACUGGUGGCUGGUACUGUGAACCGGGGAAGUGAGGUGAUUGCAGCUGGGAUAGUGGUCAACGACUGGUGCGCCUUCUGUGGGCUGGACACAACUAGCACAGAGCUGUCAGUGGUAGAGAGCAUCUUCAAGCUUAAUGAAGCCCAACCCAGCACCAUUGCCACCAGCAUGAGGGAUUCCCUCAUCCACAAUUGA